AACAGAUAUGAACGUAUUGAGUUGUGUGACAAAAGUGUCAAAACAUUUCGGGAAUUUUGGACGCCAUUUCCCUGCGGUACAUCCGCAAAAAUCCUCGCAGCGUGUACGCGCGUGUACCGCACAUGAUGGCACAAUUUGUUCUGAAAAUAGAAAAAUUGUCCCAUAUCAUGGGGACAACCCCAGUACUAGAAAUGGCGCGCGCUUACGGUCUCCGUCCCCGAUUAUGGCUCCUGAUAUAUCUCAAUGCCUUGAAAAGUCAAAACCUUUAGUGAGAUGCAUUUUUAUUGAUAGAAUCCCAAAUAUAUUGAUUUAGUUUGGUUAAAAACUAGUAUAUAAGAACGUUGAAACUAUUAAGGGAGUGAUCAACGGGUUACACUUACAUAAAGUUGUACAUGUGAACCACAGAUUAAGAAAAAAAUAUGGAAUACGGAACCGGAAUCCUGGCGGAAUCCGGAAUCCGAAGUCCGGAAUCCUGAUAUUAACAAUGACGACAGAAAUAAUUCACUUCAGCAAUGCUCAAUAAAUAAAAUAAUAUACUCUAAGGGAAAAAAACCUUUUGUUGUUGUUUAUUUUCUUAAAUUUACUUAACUUCAACCACAAAGUGUAAUUGUGUAAGGUAUAAAAAAUGACUUAGUUUUGAACAACCCCUAGCUAUAUAUCUGGUCAGGUAGUUCAAAAGGGAGAUAAAGUUAUCCAUUGGGUAAAUCCGACUAUUCAGUCAGGGUUAGUGAUUUUUCGGGUGGAUAGAGUUACCCAUAGCUUGCGAACAGGCUCUAGUGUCUAUAAUUAUAGUUGGUGUUGUAGGAGCGGCAUUUCAUGUACAAACGAUGGUACUCGGUUGAUUAUCACACUCAUCGCAUCGAAAUAUCGCCGUGAUUAGAUGCAAGUUCCUGUAAGUUUACUACAUAUGCCGCAUUUUCUUAACGGCUGAAAUUUGGACGGAAACGGAUUAAGAUCUUCAUAACUCAACUGUGUUGUAUUGCGCUUCUUUACCAGUUAAAAGCAUCAUUUUCUCGUGCGCCAAAGAGCCGGGAUCCCCCGGGAUCCCCGGGAUUCUGAAAACGUGAGGCUAGCGUGAAGACACAAAGAGGAACCUUACUCGCCACGCGCGACCUUGCCAUUGCGCAUGCGGGAUCCACGUUAUAUUAAUUUGAGCUAUUAAGAUAUCUACUUGGCCAAAAUAACUCAAAAUGCCUUGAUUGAGACCUUUAAGCGCGACCAGCAUUCUCGUUCCUAUAGUUUAUCCCCAGCUCUAAAGGCCGCGAUCCUUUUUGCACCUAAAGAACCAAAGGAAAAGAAUGUUGGUUUGCCCUGCACCAAUCGAUUGCUCAAGACUUCGAAGAAAUCGAUAUAUUGUAUCGGUCUCUGCUACAUCAAUUUAUUUUAUCAUUUGACUAGUUUGAUUCCUGUCUUUGAUCCAACGUACAUGAAACAGAGUUGAACCAGUCCACAGAAAAACACUUGUAGAUUUUGUCAUCACGUACCAAAUCUUCUUUGAUUUACAUCCUCAUAUCCAUUAUCAGGAGGAACGAAGAUUAAAAAAAAUUCUGUUCAACUAUCAGAAAAUUCAGAAGAAGCGCAGCAGUCAUCUGUCAUGUGAUUUCGAUUUAAUCCCAUUUUUCUGUUGGAAGUAAAUAAAUCGACUUUGUACCAAAAGAAUCAUCACUUGAGCUAGCCAACUCAAACAAGUUUUCCGAUUGGAGGAGAACGUAUCACGUGUCAUGGAUCAAACACAUUAAUUUCCUAGGGAAUUAAUGUAUAGUCAAUUCAAAAUAAAGGAUUCCCAAUCUUACGGUUCUGCGAUUAUUCUGAUUAACUCGUAAUCAAGAAUUAUACAAGUGUUACUCAAAGGAACUUACUUCAUAAUAGAAAGUUUACGGGAGAGAAAACUUUGAAGAGAUCAAGCUAAGCAAGUGACAUGUCAGAUAUAGCUGGAGAAAGGUAUAAAUCAUUGUUAAUCGUAAACGAAUCAAGCAAUGCACAGGUCACUCUCUACCUUUAUCCCACAUGGGAUUUCAUUUGCUGGCUUUCCUUCGAGUCAAAAAUAAUCAAACCAAACGGCGGGAAGUACCUUCAUCGCAGCAGUAAGGGUUUCAAGUUCAAGCUCGAGGCUAUUAAGUUUGAAGAUGGCCGUCGAUCAAAGCAGACCCUCCAAGAACUUGAGGAGUGGACUGAAGACAAAUUACUCAAGAUCACUAAGUCACUUGAUAUCUCUGAGGGAAGGCUGGAAGAUUUCCCAGAAGAGAAAACAAUAUGUUUACGAAAAGUACAACGAGACAAAGAACUGAAAAGUACCAGCGGUAGACGAAAUCUGUAUGAGAUUUUGGGUUUAGACAUGAAGCAAGUUCGAAAAAUGCCAAAGCAAGACCAAAUCAAAGCCAUCAAGAGGGGGUUCCAGAGAGAAAUACAGCGCUGGCAUCCCGAUAAAAAUUUUGGCGAUGAUGAGAAUGCAAAGGAGAUAAUAAUAGCACAUGAAAUUCUCAAGGAUGAAGAAAAGAGAGCACGUUACCACAAUGAGGCUGACUACGACAAUGGCUGGUUGUCACUAAAACGCUUCAAAGCAAUUUUUUGGCCCGAAUGCGUCACAGAGGAGCAAAAGAAAUCCCGCAAGCAUAGAAUGAUUAUGUUUGCUUUGUCACUUGGAAUUGUAAUUGGAGGCAUUGCCCUAACUGUCUGCACAGGUGGAUUAGCGACACCAGCAUUAGUAGCCACUGGAGGGGUGCUUGGAGGUGGAUUAAUUGGAGCUGGACUGCAGUCCUUACAACACACUGUGAGCAGAAAGUCCGUUGUUGAUGAGUGUGACAAAAAGCAAUGGCUGAUCAAAGCAGGGAUCGGGUUUGUGGGUGGAGCUGCAACCGGAGGUGCGGCUGUAGGCAUCACAGCAGGAGUAGCGGGCCUCGGAGGCGCCGCCAUGGAGUCUGCUGCUCUCACAAUGGGGCAGUACGUAGGAAUUGGAGCCGGAAGUGGCGCUGUGGGUGGAGCUGCAUCAUCCCUUGCCACAGAUGCUGGCAGGAAGUUUGCGGAUGGAGAGAAUGUUACAUGGAAGCAGGUCCUUGGUCAUGCGGUAUUAGGGGCUGCUGUGGGUGCUGCUGCAGGAGCAACUGGAGGUGCUGUAACCAAGUCCGUUGUUGGCAUUGAAGCAUCUGCAGCCACUGCAAACCUCGAGGGAGAAAUUGGGGAACAGGUUGCUAUACUCACUGGAGCAAGACGUCUUGGCAAAAUUCUCGCCCAAAGAAUUCCUCGCGCGUUAACCGAAAACGGAACGGAGGCGGUCAUGGGUUCUGUCACUCAGUUUACUGAGGAACGACUCGACGAUUCUGUGGAAAAUCGAAGCCCCGGGAAGCACUUGGUGGACGGAGUCCAGAAUGUGGCUGUUAGCAGCGUGAAAGGUCUUGUUCAAGAAAGCGGUAGUGCUAUUGCAUCGCAUGCGUGGAGCGAAUUCAAAGUUGACAAGCGGGUAAAGAAGGAGCACUCUCAGCAGCUCAUCACUCCUUCAGUUGAUGAUGAUACGAGCGUGAUCGGACCCCGUGUGGACUGUGAAAACGAACAUAUCACUCGUGGAAGAGUCAGACGGGAGUUAUCUGAAGAAAACAACGAGCAUCGGAUCAACUGGAGAAACGAUAGCAAAUACUCGUUUUCCUACCAGCCACUUGUCCCGGAGGAAGAUCAAGGAGCCACGCUUAGCACAAUCUUUGAAGAAGAUGGCGUCCGUGACCAAUCCGACGAUGAAACUGUCAGGCAUAGCACAGUUGUUGAUCAUGAAGAUGUCGUCCCCGUACAAUCAAAUGUCAGUGAUGAACCAGAAGACUGCAAAGUGAAAUAUAUAUCUGAGGGUGCUUGGAUCUCCAACAUGGUUGUCAGCUAUUUCCUAAAAGGCAAAAGAAACACACAAGAAGUUCGUGGGAGCGGAAAGUCUGUCACUGUUCCAGGCAACGCAACGCGACUUGAGGUGAAAUUUCAAGUGAAGCGUCCCUUUUGGGGAGAUAUCAAGAAAUACGAUCGUUUCAAAAGGUGUUGGUGCGAGCCCGAUCAGCCUCAUGUCUUCAAGUACAACACUCCACCACCACUUCGCACGUUUACCAUCAGUGGAGGCCUAUGGUAUGAGGCCGUCAUGAGAGUCAGCAAUGAGUAUCACGACGAGACAAAAGAAAUGUGACUUGCUGAGGAUCGCUAUCUGUUCUCUUCGAACUGUGACAUCAACCUCGUUCCCAGGGUCUUUCUCUUGCUCCAGGAGGCGGGAGGAAGGUAGACCUGGGAACGAGGUUGAAUGUAACUUUGUGCGAUUUCAAACUGAAUGUCGGAACUGAUGUUUAUUUUUUUUUUCUACAUCCUGCGAUUGACCUUAAAAACUCGCUUUAUUACAAUAGUAAAUAGUUUUCCUUUGUGGAAAUAAGUUUUCUUUCUUUUCUUGUCUUGCUGACAGGAUAAGCGUGUUUGAAGUUUCCCUACCUGAUCUUACAACCAAUCACAAGAAUUCAAACACCUGUCUUGGCCUAAUGCAUCAGGCAGAAUCCAUGAAAUGUUUUUCUCGCGCCCAGUUGUUCAAAGUACGUUGCGUGACGACUUUCGACCAAACCAACGAAGGGCUACUUUCGAUCUAUCGACAAAUAGUUCACAUACACAGAAAUAAGUUUUGUGGCAAGAAAAUAUAAUCUAACGUCUAAUUUUUUCCAGAACAUGUAGUGUCAGUACUCCAUGCAAAAUGAACUGGAUUCACCAUUAUGGUAUCAGAGGAUAUUUUAUUAGCUCAAAAGAACACUGAUUUUCAGAUUUAUGUCAGAGGUCACUUUAACUUACUAUUAGUUCAAAGAAUAACUGGUUUUGUUUAGGGAAGAUCUCAUUGUCUUCUCCCAGGUAUAGGAAAUUAUGUUAUUAGAUCAAAAGAGGCUUGGUUUCAGACAAGAUUUCUUGUCAUUUUAUAAAUAACUCACACUUAACAAAAUAGUACACAACAAGGCAUAAAACCUAGAUGAAUAAUUAAAAAGAAUAGAAGAGGCACCGUUUGUUAAAGAUGCAAAAUAUGUCUGGUAGUUCCAAUCAUUUAUUCAUAAAAGCAAGUUCUUUGUUUA